UGCUUAAUUAUUAGCAAAUUAAUCAUAUUAAGCAAUAAAAGUUAAUCACAAUUUACAUUUCCCUUAAUUUCCAUAAUUCCAUAACUUUGUAAACUGUACAUUAUACGAUGGGUGAAAUAGUUGAACUUUCUCCAAGUGAGCAACCUUUCACUGUCGUUGAAGUUGUGGAAGUCGAUGAAAACAAGUCCACUUCAUGUUUUUCGAAAUUGUGUAAUUGUUCCUGCUGUUGCGCAUGUUGUGGAAAUCAGGAAAUUCGUAAUGCUCGUAAAGACCUGAGCGCAAUAAUUACCGAUUGGGUUACCGACGCUUCAGUGGCGACGUACCACAUAUUGAUGAGAAAUGAUCUCACUGCUGGGAUCCUUACGUACGCCAUAGUAUUCAAUGCAGGGCUCAUCAUCACUUUCACCAACUUUUGUCCAGGCAAAAAUUACAAAAACGAAGUGAAGCUGAUGAGAUCUGAAAUUUGGAAAAUGAGUAAAUUUUACGGCGUCCUUAUGUACAUCCCUUCCUUCUUUCCCAUCUGCAGUGCAAAACUUCGCCUAGAAUUUGCAAAACGGUUAAGAAAUUGCGAACUUCAAGGAAAAAAUAAAAGCUUGGACGAAAUAAAAGAACUUUCCGAGAAAAUGGAGCUGUUUAAAGAGAAAGCGUUAUGGGAUAGUUGUUGUGAAGCGUUUUUUGAAGCAUUUCCUCAAGCAGUGUUGCAAAUUGUGGUAAUUCUCCGACCAAGCACGUCCCCUUUUAAAUAUAUUCCGAUGCUAACCGUUUUUUGGGGAUUAUAUGGAAUAACCGGGGCACCAAUUCAAGUUCUUGCUGUCCGACAUAAAACCAUGUCCUGGAAUUUGUUGGACAAACUUGCGGCAUACGGAAGUAACGCACUCCGAGUCUUAUCCAGCGCUCUAUUUAUCGACGCAAUUUUGACUUUCACCAACAGUGUGAACGCAUCACGGUUAAUUAAUACCCUGUGGAUAACGUUCGCAGCCGUAAUAAUAUUUGGACUUAUGGCUGGACUUUACAUAAUAAAAUAUGAAGUUGACACUUUUCUUCAGAAAUCGACAACAACGACAAAGAGCAAUAAUUCCGCUGGAGAUUGUGAAAAUAUUGCCCCCGUCACAGUGUCAACUUUUCGCAAAAAAUGUCCCGAUACAAUCAUCAGUAUUUUAGGUUUGGUAAUAACCAUUUUAAGCUUUUACUUUUGGAUAUCCUCCAAAAUCUAUCCGCUCGGCGUCCUCUUUUAUGAUACCGCUGUAGUUUUUGGAUGUUAUAUCGUGCUAAUGGUACUGACCUGUCUUGGGGUCGCUUUUGGACGGCAAAAGUUGGCCAUGUAUCAUGAAAUCGUGGCAGAUAUUCCGGUAUCUGCUUAUCGGGGGAUAAAAAGCUGGGUGGGGAAUAUUUUGAGAAAAUUAUUUUGUUCGUGCAGAUAAAUUUUCCAACAUUUUGACAAUAAAUCUAUGUAAUUUUGCAUAAAAAUGAAAACAAAUUCCCUAAUUCAUUACAUACUAAAUCUCCAUAAACUCCAGUAUGCAUAUUACAUAAUCAGCAACAUACAUAAGUUGAA